AUGGGGAGGCGGCGACGCGCUAGCGGCCGCGGUGAGUGUGCUGGGCCCCGCGGGCGGCUGCUCCGGGACCCUCCGGGCCGGCAGCUCCGGGGCCCGGAAGGUCCAGCCGACCCGAGGCUCCCGGGAGCUGAGCCUGGCCUCGCGGGGCGGGGGGCCCUGGAGCCCCUCCCCGGCCUGGCUGGGCUCCGAGGGGCAGCCCCUGCCGGCCGGCAUCCGCCUCCGGGGCUCGGCCGGGGUUCGCGGGUGCGGCCGGCGGCGAGUCUCGGGGCGGCGGGCGGUGUGCGCCCUGACCCGCUCUUCCCACCCGCAGGCGUCCCCACCGUCACCCUGGCCCUCCUCCUGGAUGGCGUCUUCCUCUCCCCCGCCGAGAAUGACUUCGUGCACCGGAUCCAGGAGGAGCUGGACCGCUUCCUGCUGCAGAAGCAGCUCUGCAGGGUGCUGCUUUUCCCCCCACUUUCCAGUCGUCUCCGGUACCUGAUCCACAGGACAGCAGAGAAUUUUGAUCUUUUGAGCAGCUUCUCUGUAGGUGAAGGCUGGAAGAGGAGGACCGUCAUCUGCCACCUGGACAUCAGGUUACCCAGUACAGAUGGCCUUUCUGGCCACUGCCGCCCUCCUGCCUCUCACCCCAUCAAAUACAGAGGUCCUCAUUCCACCUCCAAACGUGGAGCAGCUACAGGUGCCCGAGGAGCACGGGGUGGCCGGUGGCAGCGUGGACGCAAGCCAGACCAGGCCUUCUAUGUGCCCCGGGUGCGACGUCGGCAAGACUGGACACAGGCCCCUGCCCCAGAGCUCAAGGGCUAUAUCCCAGCCAUAGAGCUUCCAGAGGAGCCUGGAAAUGUUGGUGCAGGAGACCCUGGUUCUGAUCAGGAAAGUCCUGUGCUCACAACUCAGCCAACAGAGGAACUAACAGGUCCAGCCCCGCAUUGUGAGAAUGAACCACUGCUGGACUCAGUUAGCUCUGUUGCCCCAGGACCUGACAGCCACUCCGUGGCAGGAAAGCAAAUGGAAACAGCCACACAGCAUGGAUCUGGUCUGCAGCUGGAUUUGGAAGAGGGGGAUGGACGUGAGCUGAAGAAGAGCCUGGAGGCAGAGGAAGAAGAGGAGGAAGAAGAAGAGGAGGAAGGGCCUGUCAGCUAUUCUGAAGAUGAUUACAGUGAGCUGCUGCAGGAGAUAAUGGACAAGCUGACUGAGAAGGAGAUCCAGGUAGAACAGAUCCAUGUGGACACGUCUUCCUUCACGGAGGAACUGCCUGGAGAGAAAGAUCUCGCCCACGUGGUGGAGAUCUAUGACUUUGAGCCAGUGUUCAAGACCGAGGACCUGCUUUCAGCAUUCUCAGAAUUCCAAGAGAAGGGGUUCAAGAUUCAGUGGGUGGACGACACACAUGCACUUGGCAUCUUUCCGUGUCUGGACUCAGCUGCUGAAGCCCUGGCCAGGGAUUUCUCAGUGCUCAAGAUCCGGCCACUCACACAGGGAACCAAACAGUCCAAGCUCAAAGCCCUGCAGAGACCAAAACUCCUGCGUCUGACAAAGGAGAGGCCACAGACAAACACAGCGGUGGCCCGGAGACUGGUGGCCCGAGCCCUGGGACUCCAACACAAGAAGAAAGAGUGGCCAUCUAUAGUUGAGUCUCCUGAUACCCCAAAGUCCUGACCAGCCCAACAAGCCUGUGGCAGAGCCCCAGGACUAAGAAGAUGGUGCCCCCACACCACGAGCCUUUACAGAUGCCAGAAACAGCCCUGUGCCAUCGACAAAACUUCACCAUGGGCUGUGCUGGACUUUUUGUUUAAUCUUGUUUUAGUAGUUGAGAAAAAAAAUAAAAACUUCAAUUAAGUAACUGCUUCAAACUUUGA